UGGUCUGUCAGCUCUGUCAAGGUGCAAAGUGUCCAGCAUCACUCCAUUGUUUUCCACGGAAAUACAUGGCUUUUAUCCCUAAGAAAUGAUAUUCCCAUCGCUGCCACCGGACCUAUAACCCGAGGACAGCGUUUUAUACGGUUCGUGAAAGGUUUUUUUGAUUUUUAGUCACCCUGUGCAGCCAUGGAGGCCCUGGCUGUGGAUGAUGACAUCUGCAUCCUGAAAUACGAGACAGCCUACACCGCUGCUGGAGAGAGUCCCGUAUCAGUAUGUGCUGGCGAUGAAUCUGUAGCUUCUCACUUUGCCCUCGUCACAGCCUACGAGGACAUCAAGAAGCGGCUAAGAGAGACUGAACGAGAGAACACAUUGCUAAGGAAACGAGUCAAGCAACUGGAGGACAAGCUCUUUCGGCCUGAGGCACCGCCAUCAGAGGGUCCCCAAUAUGUAAACAAGGCCUUCAGCGCAUAUCGAGGUAUCUAUAUUGAAAAGGAGGACCUGCAGAUGGAGCUUAACAAACUGAAAAAAGAGAAGAGUGAGAGUGAGCGGCUGCUGACAGAGCAGCUCCAAAGCAAAGAGCUAGAGUUGCUUCAGCUGAGGACAGAGAUGGAGACCAGCCAAGUGAUGAAGAGUCUGAACAGCCCUCAAGACUACUGGCAAGUGAACUGUGCCACUGCCGAACACAAGAUCUACAAACUUCAGGAGGAGCUGGAGAAGCUCACACUGGAAAAUAGCAGACAUUUGGAGAGGAGUGGGGAGGAACUACGUGGCCUCAAUGGACCAAACAUGGAACAGAUAUGUGAUGAGUUCAGGUCCAGCAGAGAGAGGAGCAUGCAGCAGGCAUACGAGGCUUUGUGCUCAGAGUUCACCGGUCUCCAUUCAGGGCUGAAACACCAAACAGGCCUGAUUCGGAAGCUGAGACCAUUAAUCAGUGAGACAAGACAAGUUCCAAUUCAGUGUCUGGAAGACGUGGAGACGAACCACCAUCCAGUCCUCCGGGCUCCAGUACAUCGACCCCCUAGCGCUCCACCACUGCCCUCUUGUUCUGGGCGUCCUUGUCCCCCUACUGGUGGUCCAAGCAGCACUCUGCCACCGGACAGUUUGAGGGACGACUGCUGGUACAACGGUCCGUGGCCAACACACGGAGAAGCUUUGAUCGGGAACGAGACCUCUUCUGUUGUUUUGCCCCCGCCUCCUCUUAACCAGGCAUCCAUAGAUGACAGCUCGAGGUCCUUCCCGAGCCCGCCCAAACCGAGCGAUGCCCUUUUCUGGGAGGGACACUCUGCUGCCUCAAAUUCAUCUUCCUCAAUUGGAAACUUAAGUCCUCGGAGUCCUCCUAAUACAGAGUGGGUCAAGCCCUUUUGAGGGAGACCCUCAUGGAGUGACUUUCUAAGCCUGCCACAUUGCUACCACCUAUCUGCCUUAAAUUGAUAAGACCACUCCCUGCUGGGCUGGCCUGGAACUAGGUGAAGGCCAGAAGAGGCCUUUAUGUGGCGAAGACUGAAUAUAUCUAACAACGCCGCACUGAUGACCAUAUCUAACCAUGCAAAGACUGUUUAUGAAGGACCAUUCGAGGACCCCAGUUGUGUGUCCUUUUUUUGCAGCAUUUUACUUGUGUGUGUGCAUCAAAUUGUGCCUGUGUCUGCAGAGCAUUGCGUGGUCCUCAUUUCUGGCCUCUCUUAUGCUUGCAUCACAUCAUUCGGAAUCUGAUUAUUUUCUUUAUUGUUCCCUGUUUUCAAUCAAGUACAAACUAUAGAAUCGUUUGCCUCACCAUGUAAGGAGGUUUUUUAGGAACGAGGCCUUGGUGUUUGAUGUGUAUCUGUGUCGUGAUGGAGAGAUUUAGUCCAAAACAGCAAAUGAAACAUACCUAGUUUAGUGAUUUAAUAUUCACUUAUAGUCACUUUGUGUCGUUAAUAUGAAGGCCUUGUUCCCCAGAUCUGAUUCGCCAUACAUUUUUACAUCAGAUCAGUGUUGUCAUCACACAAACAACACUAACGUCAUGAAGACUUGGGAGUACUGCUCAAACCUCAGCUAUUCGUAUGAGUCAAAAAUAAAGCCACACCAGACAGACUUUGUGACUGACAAGUUGCGCACCAUAAAUUGUCAUAAAAUGUAUGCAUGUUUUGUUUUCCACUG